ACUCACUCCUCUUAACUCAACUCAAUCCAAUUCAACCCAGCUCAACUCACAUAGUUAACAGACCCUUCUGCCCUGUCCUUCCCCUCCCAUUUUCUUUUCUUCUUCCUCUUAUCCACUUCCACUUCCACUCCUAUUCUCUAAGUUCCUCCUCUUCCUCCUAAAACCAAUCCCUCCCCAACAACACAUCACAUCCCAACCGCCAAAAUGACCACCAUCGGAACCAUCUGGACCUAUCCCAACAACCCCCGGGUUAUGAAGACCCAAGCAGCAGCCAACCUCAACAACCUCAAACUCGAAUACCCCGCGUUCGAAAUGCGCGUCACAAACCAAACCCCGGCCUUCCUCAGCAAAUUCCCUCUCGGAAAAGUCCCCGCGUUCGAAGCCACCGACGGCACCCUGCUGGUCGAAUCCGACGCCAUCACGCAAUACGUCGCGGAGAGCGGUCCGGCCGCGGCCCAGCUGCUCGGAACAGCCGCCGCGGAACGCGCCACCAUCAGACAGUGGAUCUGCUACGCGGAGGCCGAGAUCCUGGGGCAUUUGAUUCCGUUGAUCCUGUGGCGGGUGGGCUUCAAGGCGUACGAGGAGGCGGUCGAGAAGCUCGCGUUGGAGAAGUUGGGGCGCAGUCUGGGGUAUCUGGACAAGCACUUGGCGGGGAAGACCUGGGUGGCGGGGACGGAGAAGUUGAGCUUGGCGGAUAUCUCGGUGGCGAGUGCUCUGGUCUGGGGGUUCUCCAUGGUUGUUGAUGCUGAGAUGCGCAGGAGCUAUCCCAAUGUGAUCGCCUGGUACGAGCGGACCAUCGAGAGCGACGGGGUCAGGGAGGCCCUCGGCCCAAGAACUACAUCGAGAAGAGGAAGGAGGGCGGCAACUAGACUUCUCACUCAUGACUGCCUAUAACCGAAUGAAGAAUCAAUGCAUUCAUUGGCAUGCUAACAAUAUAAACCCCCGUGGAUCCGGCCACGACCGACUGGUAUCAAUGUACAAUUAGGAUAUGAGACAGCGUAAAGAUAGACCCUUACAAACGGGCCCGCUCCUCCUGCCGCCGCAUCGAUCGGGCAAUGUUGCGACUCGCCCAGUCUGCGAUCGCCAUGUUCGUGAUCAUCGGGUUGACGCCGCUGGCGCUGGGGAACACCGACGCGUCCACGACGUACAGGCCCUGCGUCCCCCAGACCCCGCAAUCCGAAUCCACCACGCUCGUCUUCGGCGACU